UCGCAGCUAGAUUUACUAGUGUGUAUCGCGUGCAGUCUGAAGUCUGCUGUUGUUGGCAAGUCGUCGUAUUUGCUGGCUGGCGCAAAUGUUGACAUAAAAUUUACUGGGUAAACUUUGGGAUUUUAACUUCGCCUAACUCUAUUCUGAUUCGGAUUUACGAUACCGAAAAACUGAAAAAGGUUGGAAAGAUAUAUUCAGUUCAUCCAUUGGCAAAUAGCUUGACAUGAUGAACCAAUGAGAUCGAAGUAUGGAACCUGGCACGGGAUUGGUCAAUGAUCUUGCCACCUUGAGUGAUUUGGAUGAGAACAUUCUGUUGGAGGAGCUGAGGGCUCGCUAUGGCAAAGACAUCAUCUAUACCUAUGUUGGGGACAUCCUUAUUGCUUUGAACCCUUACAGGCCAUUGCCCUUAUAUGGACGUCAGAUAGCUGAGCAGUAUUCUGAUGUCACUGUCCAUUCCAAUCUCCCACCACACGUGUACGCCGUUGCAGAUAAGGCGUACCAGACACUGCGUCUGACAGGUGUCAAUCAGUGCUGUGUCGUUAGUGGUGAAUCAGGGGCAGGUAAAACAGAAACGACAAAAUGGCUUGUCCAGCACAUUGUGUUCCAGUGCCGCUAUCAAAACUCCAACCUACACACAAGGAUUAUCCAGGUAAAUCCUCUCCUGGAGGCGUUUGGCAAUGCAGAGACAUUGAUGAAUAGAAACUCCAGUCGCUUUGGCAAAUUCAUAGAACUCUCCUUCACGCAAGAUGGCUCCCUAUACAGAGCCAAAUUGGACGAGUAUUUGUUGGAGAAAAGUCGAGUUGUCUCUCAAGGUAAAGAUGAGAAAAACUUCCACGUGUUUUACGCCAUGUUUGCUGGACUUACCUCCCUUGAGCAGAGAAAAUUGGCAUUGGAACCUCCUGACAACUACAGAAUACUGCGGUCUCUACGCAGUGGGCCCGUGUUCCCAACAGAUGACGUGUACCUGAGCCACAAGGAGCAGUACGCCCACCUGUACAGGGUUAUGGAGGACGUGGGCUUUAACCAGCAGGACAUCAAUAUGAUAUAUGCGCUGCUGGCUGCUGUGUUACACGUGGCUAAUAUAGACUUCAUUCCCGAGGAAGAUAACGAAGGGGUUUAUAUUAUCAAUGAGUAUGAAUUGGACAUAGCCUCGAGUUUGCUGGGCUUAAAUGUGGAGGAUCUGAUCAACGUGCUGAUAUCAAACACAGCUACAGUGAGAGGGGAAAGAAUCAUGAGCAUGAAAAAUCUCCACCAGGCAAAUGAUGGGCGUGAUGCCCUGGCUAAGGCGGUCUACAGUCGCCUGUUCAGCUGGAUCGUCAGGCAAAUCAACCUCCUGUUGGAACCCUCAGAGGACAGGCCAGUGGUUGACAAGAGAGAUCUUCGGCACAUUGGAAUCUUAGACAUGGCUGGAUUUGAAAACUUCCCCAUCAACAGUUUCGAGCAGCUUUGUAUCAACAUCGCCAAUGAACAGCUUCAGUUCUAUUUCAACCAGCAUGUGUUUUCAUGGGAGUUUCAGUCGUACCUGAAUGAAGGCAUCAAGCACCCAAAGAUAAAGUACAACAACAACAAGCCUCUGCUGGACCUGUUUUUGGAGCGCCCCCUGGGAUUGUUCAGCCUUCUAGAUGAAGAGUGCAAGUUUCCAAAAUCUACUGACAGCACGCUGGUGGACAAGCUCAACAAGAACCUGACCAAGAGUGCUUACUACAAAAAAUCUAAACACAGAGAUCUGGCCUUCACAAUACAGCAUUAUGCAGGACAGGUUCGCUACGAAGCUGCAGGUUUCCUGGAGAAGAAUCGCGAUACGUUAAGUUUGAACCUGAUAGAUAUUCUACAGCGUAGUGCCAGCUGGAUCGUACAUGACCUGUUUACUGCCAGGCUCAGUGAUACAGGCACUUUAGAUGUCAGAGCGUUUGCUCGUGGGAGAAGCAAAGACGCCAUCUUGGAAUGCAAACCACCGGACAUGGCUAAAUACGCAGACCAGAGUUUGUCGCGGAAAGCCAGUAAAAAACUCAAACAAAAGAUGAAGCAGUCUAAGGGAUUCCUGGACUCCCCACCCCCGGGGCAAGCCACAGCAAGCCUUCACUUCAGGAAUUCCUUGACAGACCUCACAGAGAAGCUGCUACAGGCAGAUCCACAGUUUAUCAGGUGUAUCAAACCAAACGCUGACAAAGCGGCUAGACUGUUUGUCCCUGAGCUCGUUAUGGAUCAGCUUAGAUACACAGGUGUGUUAGAGACAACACGGAUCAGGAGGAAGGGCUAUCCCACACGGCUCCCCUUCCAAACCUUCCUGGACAGGUUAAUGUUUGUCCCUGAGCUCGUUAUGGAUCAGCUUAGAUACACAGGUGUGUUAGAGAUGACAUGGAUCAGGAGGAAGGGCUAUCCCACACGGCUCCCCUCUCAAACCUUCCUGGACAGGUACAAGAUCAUAGCCUUCCCGGUACUGAGUAGCCUGAAGGGGACAGCUGAGGAAUGUGCGGCAGUUCUCAGGAAAACUGGCCUACAAGACUGGCAGAUUGGCAAGACAAAGGUGUUCUUGAAAUACUGGCAUGUGGAGACGUUAAAUCUGACUGUGCAGCGCUGCCUGGAAAGCGUGCGCACACUUCAGAAAUCCGUACGCGCUUUCAUCGCUAGGAAGAGGUACAAGCAGUUGCAAGCUCGAGUGAUGGCACAGACGAAGCAAACCGAACUGUUCUGCGUGAUGGUACAACAACAACUGGAGCAGAUCACAACGAUGGUAGAACAGCAACAAGAAUAUGAUGCCAAACGGCAUGUUCGCAAGCGUGCGGAACGGUACCCAAGAAAUGGACAACCUAUUAGGUUGCCUGGUUUGACCUCUGAACUGAUUGACAACAAUGGUUACCAUGGAUACGACAGAAGCAGAUACUUAGAGUACAGAAGCAUGGAUAAUGACCUCGGACCCAGUUCCCCACCCCUCCAGAGACUCACCUCGCGCUCUCACACCUUCACAUCGUGUCAACAGUUCUACCAGACGAUCAUUAAGGACGUGAUGGAGAAGAGGUCGGAGCUUAAUGACGGAAUAUGGUGCAAGAUGAUGUACAUGGAGAGAAAUAACAUGGUGGCUAAAUUCUACGUGGAAGAGCCCGAGAUCAUCAUUGAUGGGUCAUCGGAAAGAUUCGAAGGCGAGAGGGUUGGUUUGGGGUAUUUUAACCACAGCAGGAGGGAUGAAGUCACCAAACGAGUUCGGCACCAGAUAGGAAAGGGUAUUAAGUUACAUCAGGCCAAUGAUGGCAGUAUCAUGGCCACGCGACUGGGGUACUCAGACGUCAUUGUGCAAGGUCAUAGGGACCCUCAGAAUCAUUGCAUAUCAGAGGAUGUUGUGGUACAGCGAGGUAGACUUGAGUACAACAGACCUCUGAAGAUUUAUGACAUGAAGGAGUUGAAAAGUCACAUGGCGCUGGAAAUGAGUCGGGACUUUGUAAACACAGAUCGAUUGCGUCGACUGAGCAUCGUUUGCCUCAGCUUCAUGACUGAUGAGCAUGAAGAACUCCAAACACCAUGUUGGCUGUGUGUGGUGAACUUUGCAGCAUUUGAUGCCAUUCAGAGUCCCUCAGUGCUCAGAGAAAUUCGUUCCUCGCUUGUCUCCCUUGUGCAGCGGAAACGUGAAGAGGACAUUCUGGAAAAGAAUAGAAAACGAGAGUCCAGGCCAUGGUCCAAGAUUGUCCAGCGGCGCUCAGCGGUCCUAGAUGUCCCUAGCAAACCUCAGAAAAAGUCCCGUCAGGUAAACAAAGCCAUUUUAAAUCCUGCCAGCCCCAGCCUAUCAAAAAGUGGGCAGAACAAUGUGACGUCCAAUGACAGCUUUAACUUUCAGAGUUCAAGGGAUUUCUUCGCCAAUCUAGAUGAUGGGAGGAGCGUGGCACCCUCGGUGAUCAGUAUCAAUCCCCAAGCUCCACGACAAAACUGGGCUAAAGUCAAAGCGCUGCAAAAACUUCAGGAGCAGGAAUCUGUGGAAAAGAUUCAGAAAUCUCGGAAAGCUUGAGUCCCGGGACUUGUGUUGUCUGUUUGUCUGGCUAAGCACUUGUACAUCUUAUUUGUCCAUCUGUCUGGCUAAGCACUUGUAUAUCUUGUUUAUCUGUGUGUCUGUCCGACUAAGCACUUAUACAUCUUGUUUGUCUGUCUGCCUGUCUGUCCGGCUAAGCACUUGUACAUCUUGUUUGUCUGUCUGUCUGUCAGGCUAAACACUUGUACAUCUUUACAGCAUAUCUGUGGAUUUUUACAGGACAGAUGCGAUGUACAUUUCUAAAUCUUGAUUAUUAUGUCUACACCAAAGUGUCUUUCUAUAGUUUUUGUAAAUUUGCUCCCUGCAUAGUUUGAACCACUUUACAUAGCUUAUACACAGCAAUUAUGAAUGGCUUUAAUACGAGACAUUGUGAUUUACAGUCACUGAACUGAUGUUACACCAUUAGUCAUGGUGGGAUAUGGUUUUGUCAAAGUGACAGUUGCUCACUGUAUCAUACAUUGUGUAAAUUGUCCAUUUAAUACUGGACAGAUACUGUAUGUGCGAGAUACUGUUACUAUGUGAAAUAAUGUGAGAUAUCGUUAUGAUAUUGUUACAAUAUUUUUUUUUCAAAAUUUAAUGUUGAAUGUGUUACCUGUACAUGCAGUUUACCAAAGGUGCUUUGUUAUAUAAAACAUGUAUGUGAUCUAUAUGUUUGGUAUAUAAAACAAGCUUGCAGAUGCACAUGAAUUGAUUUUACUUUAUGAUAUUUUUUAUUCACUUGUUGAGUACAUGAGAGAGGCUGCAUGUGUUGUACUGUUUUAAACGAGGUAUUAUCUAUGCAAUAUACUAUUGUAAAUGUAUAAUUACAACAUGGACAGUCAUUGGUCAUUUAUCUAUAAUUGACUGGCCAAUGAGUUUCUUUUUACAGACGUAAUUCUAGCUGUCACAGAUUAUGUGAAUUAUAUGAUUACUUCAUGACCAAGCCUCUUCCUCCCUCCCCUCCUCCCUCCCUUCCUCAGUGCCUCCUCCCUCCCCUCCCCUUUGCCUCCUCCCUCCUCCCUCUCCUCCCCCCAGUGCCUCCUCCCUCCCCUCCUCUCCCUCCCCCCAGUGCUUAAUUAUUAUAAUUGUUUGUGUCUUUUUUCAAAGUAUUGGAACCUCCUCCUUCCCCUCCUCCCUCCCCUCCCCUUUGCGUCCUCCCUCCCCUCCUCCUCUCCCUCCCCCCAGUGCUUACUUAUUAUAAUGUCAUUUUGGAAUGAUAUUCCUCUCUGCUUUGUAAAUGUGUAUUUUGUAUUGACUGACUCGGAAUCGUUUGUUCACAUGAGUAUUGUUUGUGUCGUCUAUCAAAGUAUUGGAACCUCCUCCUUCCCCUCCUCCCUCCCCUCCCCUCCCCUUUGCGUCCUCCCUCCCCUCCUCCUCUCCCUCCCCCCAGUGCUUACUUAUUAUAAUGUCAUUUUGGAAUGAUAUUCCUCUCUGUUUUGUAAAUGUGUAUUUUGUAUUGACUGACUCGGAAUCGUUUGUUCACAUGAGUAUUGUUUGUGUCUUUUUUCAAAGUAUUGGAACCUCCUCCCUCC